UACACCUUAAGUCACUGGAAUGGCUUUCCAAAAGCCUUGAUAUUAAUCUUAUUGAACAUUUGUGGACCACUCUUCAAAGCUUAGUGUGGUUAAUGUUAACCCACUUAUCCACCAAAAGGAACAAGAUUUUUAAAGUUGAGGUUCCUUCUCCUUCCUCAUUAUUCCAUUAACUUUGUUCACUGCAACUGUUUCACAAACAGUGAAACACUCUUCACUGUUCUGUAGGGAUGCAAUCGUUCUGGCAAAGAAGGAAUUAAUAGACCUUCACAGUUGUCAUACUAGGUCCGUGAGCCCAAGAUGUAAAACAUUUAUUUAAUUCUGUGGGCAUAAGUGUGGUCCUGUGUGCAUUAGGAACAAAAAAUAAAUAAACUUCUUGUAGUCAUUCAACCCUGGAAAAAGAAUAGUUCAUAAUAAAAUCAUUAGAGCAACGUCAAAUUAUAACAUCAUAUUUGGUGUAUGCAAACUUUGAAACUUUUAAGUUUCAAAGUUGCUGUUUACUCAUGAAAAGACAUGCCUGUGGUGAAGCCUUCAUGCUUCUUCCUCUUUAUAACCAGAUGGGUUGGUCACACAAACAUAGUUUGAUUUUACGUCACACAAAGGAAACUAGAUCUGUUGAGUCAAGGGGAAGGGCGUAACUUUUCUGUCAGUUUCAUUUACUUGGAAGCUACGAUGGCUGCUGAGCAGGAACAGAGACAGGAAUAUAAGGACGACAGUGACGUUUUCCAAACAAAUGCUUUACUACUUAUUGAUAAGAUGGUGGAAAUGGCUUCACUCACUGAAGAAAACACUUCAGAACUAGUGGAUGAGAUUCUUCACAGCAUCUUCUUUUUGGGGGAAAUUACCGUUCCAGAGUUUUCUCCCAGACAACUUUUUGUUGAUGAUGUUGACAUGUUUGAUUACUUAAAGGAAACCUAUCCGGAGCCUUUCAGACUUUAUUCCUCUCGUCUACCAAGACGGAGUCCAUUUUCAUGUGUGCUGGACAUGGUUGUUCAUCUGGAAGGUCAAGAAAAUGAGGAUCAUAUUAGAGAAACCCUGCAGGAACUCGUCCAAGAGUUGAAGAGAGACGCUUCCAAAAACGUGUUGUUUUCCUCCACAAUCUGCAUCUCUGCUGGCAACAGCACAGAUCCAGUGAGACACUAUGGAGUCUCCAUGUCCACCACUGGUCGUCCUGCAGGCCAAAUCCUGGUUGCUGCAUCCUGCCUUAACUUCUGGGAGGAACAUGUAGCUGAUGCAGUGAUGAGCUACUAUCCUAAAAAAAGUAGGAAGACAUACUUUGAUGUAACCAUCCAACUUCCUGCAGAUGUCAGAUGUGAAGCCUUUAACAUUGGAAGCAGAAAAGCAAUAAGUCCCUGCCGUUCUUGUAAAAAUAUGUUUGGCUUGGAUACAACUGAGGAACAGGCGUGGGCUUAUGGCAACUGUGCUGAAGCUGAAAGUUUGAGUAACUUGGUUAGAGAGGAAGAAGUUAGAGAGCGAGUACAAAGAAAUGGAAACUGGACAGAAGAAAACCAGGGAAGGGCUAAACGUGCUGUUGAAAAUCAUCUUAGAAAUGAACUGAAGAAGGUUGGCUUUGAAUGGGACAAACAGUUCUACACUGCACAAAGAGCAAUAGCUGAAAAUGAUGGUGAGGAAGAACCUCUGCCGGAAUAGGCUUUUACAAGAUGAAGAGCAGAUAUUAACAAUGACUCAACUGUAAAGUCGCAAACAUCUGAGAGAUCUCAACAGUUGGGAACGGGAAAUCAUUUUUAAUCUUUUCUACAAAAUGCAAAGCUUAACAUAUUUUUGGGAAAAAAUCUUAUUGAGGUUAAAAAUUUAAUUUAUUGGGGGGGGGGGAGAGCGCUGUAAGAUGUAGAGGUGUUGGAUUGCGCGCUCGACCACAACGUUAAACAAAUAUCUAAAUGCCACGAUAAAAACAUCUAGGAGCCGGCGCUGUUGGCACUGUACCUCUUUCUAGCAACCGGACACCAUGUUGCCGUCAAAGAAAGCCACCAACUCCGGGAAAAAUAAGACCAUGGACGGAUACAUCGGCGCUGCUAAUGCUAACGAAGCUAAUGCUAACAGUGGCGUUGCCGGCGGGACUGCAAACGAAACCGGGGACCACGCUUUGGAUGACAAAACCCAGAUUCUUGUGAUGUGCCAGGAAAUAUGUAAAAAUAUGUCAGCCUCAAUUCUGGAGAAACUUGAGUGUUUCGACGCCCUUGAAGCUAGGCUCCAAUCUGUCUUAGCUGCACAGCCUGACUUGCAGAACCGCAUGGUUGGUCAAGAGUCAGCAAUCAAUGCACACGAGGAGCGACUUGGGGAACUUGAAACUAAAUGUUCGGAGCCCACAAAGCUUAUAACCCAGCAGCAAA